AUUGAAUUAUUAAUGCCAGUGUUGCCAAUUUAGCAAAUUUUAUGCUAGAUUUGGCAUAUUUUUAUGUUGUUUAGCAUUUUUAUAAGUUAUUUAGCAAAUAGCAUAUUUUUUGGCAUAUAAAAUAAUUAUGAAUAACAAGUUUACUUUCCUUUUUUAAGUCCAAAUACUUCAAAAAUAUAUAUAAAAUAUACUGUAAUUAUCAUUUGUUUUUUAUUGUUGAUGUACUUCUUUAUAGUUGGAUAGGGCAUCACUGUCUGAUAUUUGAUGAUGGUGCCAACUUAACGGCAAGGGUAACCUUUACGUCAAACGCUCUCAAGCGUGUUUCGGGGAUUCCCCAACAAAUCUAAUUCAAUAUACCAUAGACAAACAGCAUUCUUUCACUCCCUCCUUCCUUUACGAAAGAAGCGAGAUAGAUUGUAAGUACUAUACCGCGAUUACCGCGUAUUCACGUAUUUACUGUCACUGUAAAUGAAAGAAAGUUUAAAAGUUUUACGUGCAUUAUUAAUUAAUUGCUUAAUAGUCGUUAAUAUGCCGCCUAAAUACAGUCAGCAUUACCGGUCUGAGUGGGAGCAAAUGCUGGAUUUCAAGGAUUGGUUACAGCCUGUCAAAGAUGAUACGACGAAGGCCUAUUGUAAGUACUGCAAGUGCGAGAUGAUUGCAAAAGUCCAUUGUUUAAAGUUACAUAUUUUGUCAAUCAAGCAUAAGAAAGCUAUAGAACCAGUAAAAAGUCAAAGAACAAUUAAUUUUCCCAAAGUUAAAAAAGAUCUAAAUACACAGAGAGCAGAAUCUUCACUAGCGAUGUUUGUGUGCGCGCAUUGUUCGAUUAUGGCUGUCGAUCAUUUAUCAAACUUAUGUAAACACCGAUUCGGUGAUAGCAAAAGUGGAGACUUACGAGUCCAUCGUACAAAAUGCACAAAUAUUAUAAAAAAUGUUUUGGCGCCUCAUUUUAUUGAAGAAAUUGUGUCAGAUUUGGGAGACCAAGAGUAUAGUCUCUUGCUCGAUGAGUCCACGGAUAUUUCUGUAAGCAAAAUGUUGGGAGUAUCGAUCAGAUAUUUCAGCCGAUCUUUAAAAACAAUAAUAUCCACAUUUCUGGGGUUGGUCGAGAUUGAAGAUGGCACUGCAAACAGCAUAGUCAACGGUAUUAAAGGAUUAUUGUUAGUUUUGAAUAUUGAAAUAAAAAAAAUGAUCGGUAUUGGCACAGAUAAUGCUACGGUGAUGACAGGCACUAACAACGGAGUACAUGCCCUAUUAAAAAAUGAAACUGGUAAUGAUAAUUUGGUAUUAGUUCGCUGCGUGUGCCAUUCAUUACAGUUGGCUUUAUCGCAUGCUUCGGAAGAAACUCUACCACGGAAUGUUGAAUUUCUAAUAAGAGAAACCUACAAUUGGUUUAGUCAUUCUUCGAACCGUCGACUAUAUUACAAAAAUAUCUACCAAACAAUUAACUGUGGCUCCGAACCAUUGUUAAUUCCACAGAUGUGCAACACCCGAUGGAUAUCAAUUGAACCAGCAGUCAACCGUAUUCUGGAGCAAUGGGUGGAAUUAAAACUCCUGUUUGAAGUUGCUAGGCGCGAUAACCACUGCUAUAUGGCAGAAACACUAUACUCCAUGUAUAAUGAUCCUGUGAAUCAUUUGUAUUUAUUGUAUUUAAAACCUAUUUUGGAGGAAGUCCAAACUGUGAACAAGCUAUUUGAAAGCAACAAUAUUGACCCAACAAAACUUUACAAAGAUUUGUGUGCCUUAGUUCAAUCUACAAGUCGGCGUAUUUUGAACCCAACUGCGAGAGUCGAUAUUUUUACACAAAAUAUAGAAAGUUAUUUGGAUCCGAAACCGUACAUGGGAUAUGCUUUUGAAACAAAAUUACGGGAAUACAACCUUCAACCUGAAGUGGAAAAUAAUUUACGUCAACGUUGCCUGAAUUUCACACUGAAACUUGUUUCAGAGCUGCGUUCUAGAUUACCAAUUAAUUUUAAUAUACUUGAGAAAGUAUCUUUAUUUUCAGUAGAAGAAACUUUAAAAGCAGUCAAGCCUUCUCUAAUCGAUAUUGCAAAAGAAUUCCGACUGGAUGCAUCUACAAUGGAUAGGCUCAUGUCUCAAUGGAGAAACAUAGUGCACAUUAAAUGGGAACGCACAUCUUCCACUGUAGAAUUCUGGAAUGAAGUAAUUGAUUACAAAGAUGCAGCUGGUAAUAACCCCUUUGCAGAUUUAUCUCAGUUAGCAAUAUCAUUAUUAUCACUACCUCAUUCCAACGCAGAAAUUGAACGCGUUUUCAGCCAAAUGAAUAUAGUCAAAUCUAAACUUCGCAACCGUUUGUCGAUAAAAACUUUAAAUGCCAUUCUAUACGUCAGAUUCGGCCUAAAGAGGGCAGGGAAAUGCUGCUAUUCUUACACAGUUCCGGAUAACGUACUGCGCUCUAUAGGUACCAAGGAGAGUUAUAGUCUUGAGAAUAAGGCUUCCACGUCUACAUGCACAUCAGCUGCCGAGCCUGCCGAUGAAGACGAAGAUAUUAACAUUUUAUUUAGUAACAUAGUCGAUUAAAACGUAGAAUAAAUCAAAAUUUUGUUGAUUAAUAAACAUUUAAAAUUAAAUGACGUUGUAUUUGACAUUGAAAAAUGUUAGCUUAUUUUCUGGCAAUAUUAUAAAGCAAUUAGCAUAAUUUUGGCAAAAUUUUAACAUCAGUUUAGCAAGUUUUAGAUUCACCUUGUUGGCAACACUGAUCGCAGCGUAGAUACGCAGUGUCCGUCACAUUACUCAUGUGGUGUCCUUUGUGAUGUGAACUUGUGUUUCAUGUUUUUUUAAUAAUAUGUUACGAAUUACGAAUUUUUAUUUAGAGAUCGGAGUAAAGUCUGAGUUUUUGUGAGCAGGAUUGGAUGUG